AUGUCUGCUUGCGUUAAAGAUACGUUUCUGUAUUUUGCUUAUGGAAGUAACUUAUUAAAAAAGAGAAUUCACAUUAAUAACUCAUCAGCAACAUUUAUAGGCAUUGGACGGCUCGAUGAACACCAACUUGAUUUCAUGAGAUAUUCUGACCAUUGGAGAGGAGCUUCAGCUACUAUUGUUCCAUUAAAGGGACAUCAUAUCUGGGGAGCUAUUUGGAGAUUACACAAUAAUGACCUCAAAACCUUAGAUUGCUUCUACUUUUACACUUUAUAUUUAAAGAACUACAGACUGGACUUCAUAAGAUAUUCUAAGUUUUGGGGUGGUCCACAAGCUACAGUAGUGCCAACAGCUAAUGCCCAUGUUUGGGGUGUUAUUUGGCAAGUUGACUUAGACGACCAAAUAAUUCUAGACAACCAAGAGGGUGUCGACAUCAAAUGGUAUUACGUUAAAUUUGUUGAAGUUAAUACGCCGCACAUGGGCGUGUUCACGUGUCGGACUUACAUACAAAAAGUGAAUCCUUUGCCCAGAGGCGACAAUGACGAUAUUCCCGUUGAACGUUGGCCUUCACAAUCUUAUAAGCAUCUGCCGCCGAGCUGCACUGUUUCAGCGAGGCGUACACGCGGCCGCGACGCGUACCACUUUCAACCGCUCCAAUGUUCAAACUAUAAUCCCGAUUCGCUUUUAAAAAAAAAUGAAAAAGUGGAGCGGGACGGUUUGAAAAUCGAACGUUUCGAGCGAGUCGCCAGUGACGCGACGAUGCGCGUGCCUUUGGCCUUGAACGACGCACCGCUCAUGACCAAUUCGAAAAAGAUACGGCUCCUUACAACAGACGCUUGCGGUGUUGCUGUU